AUGUUAAAAAAACAAAAAUAAUUUAUCGAAAACCCAAUCCAUGACUUAAGUGUAUGUCCAACUAAUAAACUUACACUUUCCUCUCUUGAUAAACCCCUUUUCCCAACUCCCUGGAGAAGUUAUCAACAUUAUAACAUACAAACACCAACUAUCUUAAUUAAUCAAACUGACAGAGUCUAAGAAAUGUCCUUUCAAAUUGAUAAACUUAAACCUCGUUAUAGUAGAUCAUUAACAAAAAAUAGAAAAUAAUAUCUAUAAGAGACUGCAUAAAAUGUAUAUGAUCCAAAACCUAUGGAAAAACAAAUUUUAAAUGGUAGUCGUCUUAAAUUUAAUGGGGACUUAAGUAUGAACCUUUAUUAGGAAGAACCUAAACAAUAAUUGCUCCUUCCUCUUAUGUUAGAUUUAUAUUUUUUACAUUCUUUUUAGAACAGAAUCUGUCAAGGUUGGUUCAAUCACUAUUAGUAAAGAUGUGGCUCUACCUAAAUAUCUUGAUCCUCCAAAAAGUAAAAG